CCACCAAAGCACUAAGCACAUAAACAAAAUAUAAUAUAUUCUCACCAACAAUGAAAUAUUCAAAGUAAUCCCUUAUUACUAUUAUUAUUAUUAUUAUUAUUAUAAUUAUGACAUAAUGUUUUAUCUUUCUUGUCUCUCAUAACCCACACUGAACCAAAUCCUGGAGAGAGAGAAAGCAUCCAAAAAUAUCAUGGUGGCUGGCUGCUUCAUCUUAACUCAGCAUUGAGCUUACCCAAAAUCCAAAAUCAAUUCAUAAACAUUUCUUUCAAAAAAAAAACUACCCAAAAUAUAUAUAAGAUAAAAAACUAAAAUUGUUUCUAUUUUCGCAGAUAUUAUUGCUAGGGUUGUGUUUGUUUCGAUCGAAAUUUCGAGGGGUUAUAAUAUUUUCGCGCCGAAACUGAGACUGCUACGACGUUAACGACGAAGAAGACGACUUUUAGAGAUUGCAGCCGGAUUUUCAGAUCUGAGUUUCUCCUAUUUUCUGAUUAGCAUUAUUGGGUUUUCUUAGUUUGUUGUGAUUGGUUAUGUUAGAGACGGAGCAAGCUCGGUUCUUAUUCAUUGAUUUCGCACCACGUUUCAUCUUGUAGAUCGAGAAUCUACGGCUCUUUUUGGAAACUCAGUUUUUGUUUUCUCCCUUUAUUUUUGUUCGCCAUUGUUGAUCGGUCAAUCAGAAUCUCGAGAAUGGAUUACGAUGAUUUGCGUACCAUAAUGGAUAGCUCCGGCGUGGAUGUUUGGACCCUUAUCGACACAGCAAUUGCUGUAGCUUCCAUUGAUUACGGCAGCGAUCUGAAGAAACGCCGAGACGGUAUCGUUGAGCGUCUCUACACGGCGACUGCGACUUCUUCAGCUCCUACUACUAAUAUUACUGCUGGGUUCCGAAACAUGGAAGCCGCUGAUCGGAGAAGCCUUUCUCCUCCUCGGCAGUACGACAGGGAAUCCAAACCCUCUGCCGUAAAGGAGAGGGUUUCGCCGGCGACACCUGAGUCCAUCGGAAGGGUGGAAGAGGAUGAUAACGACGAUGAGGGAUUAGAUCCCUAUGGAGGUUUGUUUGACGAUGAGCAAAAGAAGAUUAUUGAAAUCAAGGAACUUCUUGAGCAUCCUGGCCAGUCGGAAGAUAGCUUGGUUGGACUGCUUCAAGGUCUCGCGGACAUGGAUAUAACUUUCCAAGCUCUCAGGGAAACUGAUAUUGGGAGACAUGUUAAUCGUUUGAGGAAGCAUUCAUCAAGUGAAGUUCGGAGAUUGGUGAAGCAACUUGUCAGGAAAUGGAAGGAUAUUGUGGAUGAAUGGGUAAAAUUAAAUAACCCUGGAGAACAUGCCUCUGCAAUCAUGGAUGGGGACUCACCGCCACAGAGAAUUCCCCAAAAUGGUCAUCACCAGGUUCCUGAUUUUGCUUACUCUCCUAACCCACACAAUGGAAGUUCUGGAUCAGAGAGGAACAAUUCAGAACCUGAACGCAAGCCCAAAGCAGUCCCUCCCAGGAGAGAAGCUCCAUCGAAACCAAUCACUUCAUCUGCCCUACACUCAGACUCAGCUCUUCAAAAUAGACAGAGGAGGGAACAAAGAGAAAAAGAACAAAGAGAGAUGAAUUUUGAUGCUGCAAAGCUGGCUUCAGCAAGGAAACGACUCCAAGCAAAUUACAAAGAAGCUGAAAAUGCUAAGAAGCAAAGAACUAUCCAAGUGAUGGACAUCCAUGAGCUGCCGAAAUCAAAGCAAAAGAAUGGCUUCUUUCCCAAGAACAAAGGUGGAAGCAGUAGUUCUCUUGGCAGGCACUGGUGAUGCAUGAUAACUAAGGCUCUCUUUUGGGUCAGCUGAGAAAGAAAAAAUGAGAAAAGGAAAAGACUGAAAACUGGUUAUCUUUUUCUAUUACAUUUUUUAUGAGGCAAACAAAGAAAGAAAAAGCUCUUCGUUAAUAGUUUCUAUUCAACUUAAUAAGAAAAAUAUAAAAAUUUGCCCAUUUUCUCGGGUGAGAAUGAAGCCAAAUAUGUACAUACUAGUGAAAGAGAAAAGAAGGGCUUUUAAUAUAUAAUGACGUUUUUAUGUGAA